AUACUCUUAUUAGCACGUAUGUUUUAAGAUUGUUGUAACAUCGCCACGUUUCACAUUAAAACGUAACAGACUCGACACUAAAGAUGAGUGACGACCCAGACUCCAUAACCGAGAGGGAGAUGAAGGAUUUUCAGUUCCGUCAGAUGAAGAAAAUCCGAGUGUUUGACUCUCCUGAUGAUUUACCUAAAGAUCGCUCCAGUCUACUUGCAAUCUCCAACAAGUAUGGGCUGACUUUUGUCGGCCAUGAGAAAACUCUCAAAGUGUUUUUUACGCGGGACAUCAUCGCAGCUGGCAAGGUCGAUGGAAACCCAAAUGAAAUCGUGGAGGGAGUGGAAGCCGUGACGGUGACUGUCGAUCUGCCCAUGCACCAUCUGGCCCUGAGUUGCGAUGAGCUCACCCUCUCCGUCUGUGGCAUGUCUGUAGAGGCUGGACCCUCACUGGACUUCUACGAUGUUCGAACCUUCCUCAACAAGGCCAAACAGGAGAAGGCUCCGUUUGCUUCGAUGAGUCCCAGUUCUGAAGUAGGCACUUCAGUGCAAGACCUUAAAUGGAACCCUGUAGAGGCGCCCCUGUUGGCUGUCUGUCUCUCUGAUGGGAGUAUGAUGGUCCUGGAGGUGAAAGAUAAAGUUACAGUAUUCUCUCAGCUUCCCAGUGCAGACGGAAUUACCUCUGUCUGCUGGAGUCCAAAGGGAAAACAAGUCGCUGCGGGGAAACUUAACGCCACUGUCGUUCAGUACACCCCUAAUCUGCAGGAGAAAAGGGUGAUUCCAUGUCCAAGCUUCUACAGCUCAGACAACCCUGUCAAAGUCCUGGAUGUACUUUGGCUCAGCACCUACAACUUUGCUGUGGCAUACGCGGCUGCGGAUGGCUCUCCAGAGACUCCCCCCGAACUCGUUGUGGUGUCACUGCCUAAAAAGGAUGAGAAGAAAAAUGAGAAAUACCUGAACUUUAAUGACCUGGUCUAUGGCACUUGUACAGAGAGACAGCACCACUACUUCCUCUGUCACAUUGAAGACUGGGACCUGGUCUUAGCUGCAUCGGCUGCUUCUAUUGAAGUCAGCAUUAUUGCCAAGCAGGAGGACAAGAUAAACUGGGAGCUUUGGCUUUUGGAAGACGCUAGUAGAGCUGAACUUCCCGUCACUCUUAGCAACGAUGACACCUUGCCUGUGGGUGUGGCCAUUGACUUCACAAGCCAGGAGGAGAUUCAGAUCUCUGAGGACAAGAAGCUGCCCCCGGCGCCCACCCUCAUGAUCCUGUCCACAGACGGAGUGCUCUGCCCCUUCUCUCUGCUCAAUAUGAAUCCAGGAGUCAAGCAGCUGGCCAUAGCUCCCCUCAGCCUGCCCCUGGAGGGCGAGAGACCACCAGCAGCAAAGUCUACCCCUGCUCCACCUGCCCAGGUGUCUGCUCCACCUGCCGCGUCCACAGCUCCCUCUGUGUUCCCUCUCAGAGCCUCCACCACCACCACCACAGCACCUCCUCCUAGUGCACCCCCUGCUGCUGCAUCUGCAUCUGCCCCAUCUGCUUCCUUGUCGUCAGGGUUCUCUUUUGCUCCGCCAUUCUCUUCCUCCACUGGACCAUCCGUAUUUUCCCUCGGUUCCACAGCCCCCGCCUCCUCUGCUCCCUCAUCGUCGGGGUUUUCAUUCUCCCUGCCGCCCUCUUCAUCCGCUGGCCCAUCCGUAUUUUCCCUUGGCUCCACAGCUCCUGCAUCCUCUACCUCCAGUUUCCUCAUGAAGAGUGGCUUCACAUUCACAGGACAAGCCUCCAAACCUUCUACUGACAGUGCUGCACCUCCUGCCUUCUCCUUCACUGCCCCACUUGUCAAACCUGCCCCAGAGAGCAGCUCCGCUCCCGCUCCUCAACGUCUGGCUGCCAGUUCCCCCAUCACAGUGCUGAAGGCUCCCCAGGAGCCAGCCACGCCCAUCGUCAGGGUGAACCUCAAUGACAGGUUCCUGGCUGUGGAGACUCCUGCGGCAGUUUCCUCUGCUCCUCCACCAUUCACCCUUACCUCUACCCCUAAACCAGCCAUGCCUGUGCUCAACAACCAGUCAGCUCCAGUGUCUGUUCCCAGCAAACCAGCUGCCACGACAGCUCCAGCUCGAUCAGUGCAGGGUAGCACUCCUGCUGUUCCAGCCCAGAAAACAGCCCCGGUUCCAGCUAGUACCCCAGCCUCACAGGCUGGUGUCUCUGUGAAAGCCCUGGAGAAGCAUCUUCAGCAGAAGAAAGACUUGGAUCCUGCUGUGGUUGGGAUACGUGAGGAGAUUGCUCACUUCCAGAAGGAGCUGGACGACCUGAAGGCACGCAGCAGCAGAGCCGAUUUUACUAUAGGAACCAACGAUGAGAUGAGAGAACUGCGGAAGGAGUCUGAGGAUCUUCACGUCUUCACAUUAGAGAUCAAAGAGACCACAGAGUCUCUGCAUGGAGACAUAAGCACAUUGAAGACAGCCAUACUGGAGGGCUUUGCAGGAGCCGAGGAUGCCAAAGCUCAGAGUGAACUGAACAGAGAUAAAGGCUACCUGGAGUUGCUCUAUAAGAAACCUCUGGAUCCACGCAGUGAGGAGCAACUGAAGGAGAUCCGCAGGCUCUACCAGUAUGUGAAGUUUGCGGUGGAAGAUGUGAACGACGUUCUGGACCAUGAGUGGGAAAAACAUCUUGAGAAGAAGAAGAAACAGAGGCACAUGAUUGUUCCUGAGAGAGAGACGCUGUUUACAACUUUGGCCAACCACCAAGACAUCAUUAACCAGCAGAGACAGAAACUGGAUCAGCUGGUGGCAGACCUACAAAGCCUCAGGCUCUACAAGAAAACUUCGCCCUGGACCAAACUCAGCCAGCGUGCACCAGUGCCCUCACAGCAGGGACUUGACAGUGAGUUGGAGAAUCUGAAAGAUGCCCUACUCAAAGCUAACCUAGAGACAUCACCCAAAGCUCCUUCUAAAUCUCCAGUUAAAAUGACUCCAGUGAAGCAGUCCCAGCUUAGAAACUUUCUAUCAAAGAGACAGACACCUCCAGUCCGUUCCACUGCCCCAGCAAACCUGUCACGGUCUGCCUUCCUCUCGCCCAAAUAUUACGAAGACCAGGAUGACAUCAGCUCCACUUCAUCUCUGUCCCAAGCUCUGGAGGCAGAAGACGAUCAACAAGUGGUAGAGGAGGAGGAAGAGGAAGAGGAGGAGGAGGAGGAAGAGCCAGCCCAUGUCCCCGCGCUGGCUCCCUCCACCAAUCGCCACCCGGCCGUGGUGCGCACCCCUUCCAUUCAGCUGGGCUUUAGUACACCAUCCACUCCCUUUAGUAGAGUCACUUCAAAUCUGGGCACCAUGAUCAACCCUGUUCCCACAACCAAGAUUAAUAUUGUGGGAGCAGACAGCACUGCCCUGGCCACAAAGACAGUGAAGCAUGGAGCCCCACCCACAGAGAAGGCCCCCAUCACAUCUCUCCCCGCCUCUCAAGCAGCAGGGCGGGCUGCGUUAAACAGACAGAUGACCAAUCAGAAACCAGUUGGAGCCGCUCUGACAGAGUCCACUCUGAACACUGUACCUCAGGUGGUCAACGUUCAGGAGCUGAAAGAUAAAGGCCCUCCCAUACCAGUGUCGACAGUCAUCAGUUCGUCUGUACCUGCGCCUGCUGCUCAAGUGGUGCAGCAGAUGCUGGCUACUGUAGAGAAUUCCAAGAGAAGUUCCUCCCUAGGUCCUUUAAAGGUGUCUGCACCAAACACAGAGAACACACCUGCCUCUGCACCGAGUUUCUCAUUCGCAGCUCCAGCAGCCUCUGCUUCAGCCUCAGGUCCUGGAGAGCCGAGCAACAAGCCCUUCACUCUCUCAGCUGGGUCCACACCAAGUUUCUCUUUCUCUGCUCUGGGUACCACUUCUCAACCUCAAGCAGCUGGGACGACGCAGGCCAAAGACCUGGGCCAGCAGAGUAAAUAUAGCUUUGGAACAAAGAUGGCGUUUGCCUCAACCAGUGUUGAAGAACCUUUUUCUUUUGCUUCCAAAUCCCCAUCUCCUGCUCUGGACACUAGUUCAUCCAACCCUCCACCGGGCAUGACUGAACCUGUCAAGUUGACAUCCUCUGCGCCCUCUCUCCGUUCGGAACCACAAGCUGCCAAAGUAGGCUCUACAGGGGAUACUCUUGGCAUUUUCUCCGGCCUGCGGGUAGGGCAGGGGGAUCAGGAGGCUAAGGAAGCCCCAAAGACCUUUGCAUUUGGACAGACCAGUAAUGCAUCAAGUUUUAGUUUUGGAGUUAUGCAAAGUAAUAAGCCUGCUCAAGCUGUGAGCACUGCUGCACCGCUAACUCUUCCUGCAGCAGCAAGUGACAUUUUCAAAACACAAGGACUGGGGGCUGCGUCAGCCACGAGGCCAGAUUUCUCACAAGUGCCAAGUUCAUCCAUCCCUGGAACAGCCACCUCGUUCAGUGAUCUUCUCGCAGCACCUAUUUCAUCUGAGACAACAGAGGUGAGCGAGGAGCCCACGGAACCAUCCGUCUCCUCACCUGAACCCUCCCCAGUUCCAGAUGUUGACGAGACUCCAGCAGAGCCAAGUACCGAAAGCUCCACCCAACCAACCCAGUCUCCUGUUCCUGUCGUUGAACCCGCAAAACCACAACCGGUUGGCAUAGAGACGGCAGCAACUGUGGCUAGUGAAAAAGCCCCAACUCCACCAGUGCCAGCACCUGAAGUGUCACCUACACCUGCAUCUGCUUCAGUCACACCACCCGUAGAGACAGUCCCUGGGCCUGAGCCUGCAGCCCCUGCAGUUCCAGCAGCUCCAGCAACUGCCCCUGAGGCUUCCACUGCUCCUCCACCCGUAUCUGCUCCUCAGGAACCCCCUGCUGCCAGUGUGGUCCCACUUUCAGACAAACCAGGGUCCAUCUUUACCCAGCCACCUCCCAGCACAGAAAGUACUACUAUAGGGCUGACAAGUAUCACUCCAGUCAUUACCACUAUGCCCUCCUCCACCUCUCCUGCACCAUCUGUACCUAGCACCACAGCUCCACCAUCUUUGUUUGGCAUGCCACCCUCAAGUGCUCCAGCUCCAGCUUUUGGAUCUACAGCCUUUGGAGCUAGCUCCACCUCCUCUGGCUUCGGCAAACCAGUUUUUGGACAGGUUAACAGUUUCGGCCAGCCUGCAGCAACAGGUUCUACUAGCGGUUUCACUUUCGGUCAGUCAGCCUUUGGUGCAAAUUCUGGUUUUGGGCAGCCUGCUGCAGCAACCUCCACUCCAGCCUCCAGCAGCGGAGGGAGUCUGUUUGGUUCAUCCAGUACCAGCAGCGCCAGCUCUUUUUCCUUCGGUCAACUUGCGACCAGCAGCAGCAGUUCCACAGCCAGCACCGGUACAGGACUGUUUGGUCAGACCAGCACGCCUGCCUUCGGCCAGUCGAACACUGGCUUUGGACAGGGGUCUGUGUUCGGCAGUAACACUACAACCACAUCGUCCUCUGGUUUCAGCUUCGGACAGCAAUCUGCUGCUUUUGGCAGCACACCGACCUCCUCUGUGUUCGGCCAGCAGCCCAGCAGUGGUAAUGUUUUUGGACAGCAGGCGUCGUCUGGUGGAAGUCUCUUUGGUUCUGGAGCCACUAAUACGUCGGCCUCGUCAGGUGGCGGAGGCUUUUUCAGUGGUCUAGGUGGGAAGCCCAGCGAGGAUGCUGCCAAUAAAAACCCAUUUGGGACUGCUAACACCGGGGGCUUUGGCCAGCCCAACCAACCAGGGUCCUCCAACCUUUUUGGGAACAGCGGGGGCGCCAAGACUUUUGGGUUCGGGGGCCCUUCGUUUGUGGAGCAGAAGCCAUCCGGAACCUUCAGCAGUGGAGGAGGCAGCGUUGCAGCACAAGGCUUUGGAUCUUUCUCCACACCAGUCAAAUCAGGUAGUUUUGGGAGUGCUCCGGUCUUUGGAAGUCCACCUGCCUUUGGGGGUUCCCCAGCGUUUGGAGGGACUUCUUCUUUUGGCUCUUCCCCGUCUUUCAGUAACCCCAUGGGAUCCUCUGGGGGGAAGGUUUUCGGGGAGGGAACAGCAGCAGCCAACGUCGGGGGAUUCGGAUUUUCCUCUGCUUCUAACGCGCCCAGUUUUGGCAGCAUAGCCAAUCAGACUGCCACGCCAAGUUUUGGGAACCCUGCCCAGCAGCCGACAGGAUUUGGGGCCCAGAACAGUGGUUUCUCUGGCUUUGGCACCUCUUCUGCUUUCUCCGGUGGCUUUGGGAAUACCAAUCAAAAUUCCUCAAAUUUUGGUGGGUGGAGAAGCUAAUUAUGGAAGAUACCUCUGACAUGCCCAGCUGAAAGAAAGGAUGAGGUUUGGAUGGAAAGCAAAAGAGUUUAUUUAGUGUUUCACUGACCAACGGACUGACGGUGGUAACAUUUCUCAUCAACACGUUUGUAAGAGGCAAAGCCCAGCUCGUCCUGCGACCAGGAAUCACGUUUUGAGCCUUGCCUUUGUGGUCAUCUGGGAUGAUCAGAGGAGAAUGAGGCCAAAAAUGGACACAUUAACGUGAAUUCAGUUUGGUUUAUUUUUCAACAGAUCAUCUACUUAACACAAACUUUACAAUACCUCCCAAACUGUCCAUUUCUUUUAAAAGAGCAAAAAAAGGAAAUAAAGCAACAGGGCAGUUCUGAGGCUGAAUGGUCAUUUUUAAUGCUGACAUACAAAAAAAAAAAAAACAUAGUUAUCUCACUGAAAAA